CACCCCCUCCUGGGCGGACCCCCCACCCCUCACCCCCACCCCGGAUAAGGAUUGACACGCAGCCUACCGAAGCUGGAGAGCCAGAGACCCACACCCGCCCUUCCUCCCACAGAAUCUAAGAUGUCCACUGAAGGACAAAGAGUUGACGAUAGUCCAAGCACUAGUGGAGGCAGCUCUGAUGGAGAUCAGCGAGAAGGUGUUCAACAAGAUCAACAAAGAGAACAGGUUCAGCCCAAGAAAAAAGAGGGGAAAAUCUCUAGCAAAACAGCUGCUAAACUUUCAACUAGCGCUAAAAGAAUUCAGAAAGAACUUGCAGAAAUUACAUUAAACCCUCCUCCAAACUGUAGGUAA